CCAGGUCGUCAAGUGGGUGGGACGGAGCCCACUCUCCCCGCGCCUCCACUUCCCGGAAAAGAAGCCAGUGAAAUCUCAGGUGCUUAAAGACGGCUCCCCAAGAGUAAGCCAGAGACGGCCUGCCAACGGCAGCCCAACGCCAGCUAAAGGGAGAUGCAGACAAACGCCAAGCCAGGCGCACUGGCGGAUGGAGAUGAAGCCCUGGACAGGCUAGAGGAGCACGACGGACAAGGCUGAGCGCUUCCCCACGGCGGAUCCCCGCGGCCAGCCGCAGCCCCGCUCUACUGUGGGGGGAGGCGUGCGCAGGCGGACGGGCAGGGUCGCUAAGAAACGGGUCCGGACGUCGUCCGCAGUGCGGGGGGACGGCAGCGCAGCAUCGGCGGUCGGCUGGCUGGUGCGGGUCGAGGGCCCGACCAUCAGCUGAUUCUGGGGAGCCAGUCAAGCGCCCGCGGGGGCAAAGGGCGGGGCCGCGCCAACGUCCCCGCCGCGGCCGACGUCAGUGCCGCUUGCCGCUUGCCGCAGGAUCGCCGGGGCGCAGCUCGCGGGCAGCUCUCCGCGGGAGCCAGCGAGACCUCUGCGCUGCUCCGCGAACAUGGCCGACUCGGAGAACCAGGGCCCCGCGGAGCCGAGCCAGGCGGCGGCGGCAGCAGCGGCGGCGGCGGAGGAGGAGGUAAUGGCGGAAGGCGGUGCGCAGGGGGGAGAUUCUGACAGCGCGUCCGGCGACUCCGACGGCGCGGUCGGUCAGACGGCUGAGGAGCCCCAGACGCCUGCAGAGAAUGCACCGAAGCCUAGAAAUGACUUUAUCGAGAGCCUGCCUAACUCGGUGAAAUGCCGAGUCCUGGCCCUCAAAAAGCUGCAGAAGCGGUGCGAUAAGAUAGAAGCCAAAUUUGAUAAGGAAUUCCAGGCUCUGGAGAAGAAGUAUAACGACAUCUAUAAGCCCUUACUCGCUAAGAUCCAGGAGCUCACAGGUGAGAUGGAGGGGUGUGCGUGGACCUUAGAGGGUGACGACGAGGAGUUGGAGGAUGAAGAGUACGAGGAGGAGGAGGGAGAGCCUGCGGCGGAGGCGGCGGCUGCUGCCGCCAGAGAUGAGGGUCCCCACUCUGCAGUGUCUGACGACGCCCAGAAAUAAGCGGGGGCAGAGAUUGCAGAGGAGAAUGACGACGCAGAUUCAAAACCCCGAUUUUUUUUUUCUUUUACACAUCGGUGGACUUGAAAAGGCUCAGGUUUUGGACCAAAGUACAAUGUGAAUCAAUUCUGACAUUCCUAGAAUCAUAUUAAAUCGACGCAAUCAGGUCCUGGCCAGCCCGUUUCCAAUCUGAACACCAAUAUACCAAAAGGUGUUGUAAACGAGUUAAAUUUAAAAUGGCUUUUUCAUGAUCUCUUCUGCGAGGGCUGGAGUUGAGACUUCCUAAGGGUGUCAAGUAGAUGUGAAGUAAAGAACGUCACUUUGAAACCCUUUGAUCACACUGUCAUCACACUACGCACAGAACACCCAAGCCGAGACCGAACAUGUUCUCAAUGCCUAAUUCUUCAAUUUCUUUAGUCUUGCAUUUUUCCAGCUCAGAAGCAUCAGAACCCAAGAAAAAUCUCAUCUUUAAGACUUUGCUUUCAUAACCCAGACAUCAGCUUUACACUUCAGAGAAGCGUGAUGGGAUGGAGGAAGCCCGUGCCGGAGAUCAUGACAGUACUGUUAAUGAGGCCCAGAAAACUGCCACUUCAAAUUCUAAAGACUGUACUGAAUAUUUGGUUCUGAGAAGGAGGGUGUAUAACCUGUACACUAUUGUCAACAUAUGUGUUCAUUAUUUACAGUCUCGUGUUUAUGUGUUUUCCUGGUAGUGUCUAUUUACAAAGGUGUUAAAACAA